AUGAAUGGAAGAUGCCUCUUCUCUUUGUCUUGGUCGGUCCAGGGAACCGCGUUAGGCCAAAAAAAACUAUAUGGAGACAAAGAAGUUCGUAUUACACCAAGAAUUGACAAGCGAAUGAAUCGGCUAUUUUUUCGUCGGUGCGCUCAUUCCGAAUUUCUUUGUACCGACCAGAAGAGCACAAGAGAAAAGCGGAUCCAAUACCAAGACGACUUCUUUCUCAGGAAGUGCAGCAAGUACUUGAGAAAUGUUGGAAUAUCAUGCCCCACGGAAAAUAGACUUACCGACAAGAGAGAACGAGACUGA